AUGCCCUCCAGAAUCUCUCCAGAUGGUUUCAAACCCCUUGAGAAUACCUUACUAUUCCAGCCCUUGAAACUCGGUAGCUUGAAUCUUGAGCACCGAGUACUGAUGGCUCCUUUGACUCGAAUGAGAGGGACCAAAGUUGCGGAUGGUGUCUAUGUGCCAGGAGACCUGAACGUGGAAUACUAUUCGCAAAGAGCGAGUAAAGGUGGUUUCCUGCUGACGGAAGCAUGCCCGAUCAGCAGAUAUGCUGCAGGAUAUCCUGGUGUACCUGGGAUCUUUACUGCAGAGCAAAAGGCUGGCUGGCGGCGAGUGACAGAUGCAGUCCAUUCAAAAGGAGGGUUCAUUUUCUGUCAACUGUGGCAUGUCGGCCGAGCCACGGUGCCUUCUUUCCUCGAUGGGCGAGACUGCGUCAGCGCCAGCAAUAUCCCGCUAAAAGGCAAAGCUCUCGACGGGACCGAGUAUGCUGCUACGCCUCCCAAGGCGAUGACGGUGGAGGAGAUAAAGGAGACCGUUUCUGAAUAUGCUGCAGCUGCAAAGCGCGCCUUGGAAGCUGGGUUUGACGGGGUCGAGAUUCACGGAGCAAACGGAUAUCUACUGGAUCAAUUUUUGCACGACAACGUCAAUAUCAGAGAUGAUAUAUAUGGAGGCUCAAUCGAGAACAGGUCUCGAUUUGUUCUUGAAGUAAUCCAGGCUGUCACGGCGGCGGUUGGAGCUGACAGAACCGGUAUCCGUCUCAGCCCUUACAACUAUUUCCAAGACACCCGCGAUUCAAACCCCAAUGAACAUUGGGCUUAUCUCUGUGAAAAGAUCGCGCAGCUCCCAUCCUCAAGUCGACUGGCAUAUGUUCACAUGGUUGAACCACGAUUCGAUGAGGUGCUUGAUGAAGCGGCGAAACUGUCUUCAUUGGGAGACACUACAGUGGCUUCGACAGAAAGCAAGAACAAACCUUCACUUGUACCUUUCAGACAGAUAUUGCAAAAAGGCGGUAUCAAGUUCCUUGCAGCUGGAAGCUUCAACAAGGACAAUGCUGUACCUAAACUCGACUCGGAUGGGGCUGAUGCUAUCAUAUUUGGCAGAUGGUUCAUCGCAAACCCGGAUCUGCCGGUGCGACUCGCUGAAGGCUUGCCUCUGAAUCCUUAUGAUCGUGAUAGCUUCUAUGGUGCUUCGCCUCCGAGCAAGGGAUACGUGGACUAUCCAUUUUACAAGGCUGCAGCAGCAGCAGCCUAG